UUAAACCAUAGAAAAGAAUUUCGCGAUUGUUAUGCUUCUAGUAAAAGAGCCAAUGCUAUCGGAAGGAAUGAACUGCAGAAUGCCCAUGUCCACCUAAAGAUAUGUAAUCAAGAAAAGAAGCUUGUACAAAAAGAAGAUCCUAAGUCAAAGGCUUGUUUGUUUGUUGCAGAUCGAAGUCUUGGUAUUGGCUCAAGGAUAAAAGGACAUAGAAGAUAUGGAGGAAAAUAGAAACAAAAACUACUCGGGAGCACUGGUAUUGUAUGCAUCACAAGCGAGUAUAGUACGUCCCAGACUUGUGUCUUUUGUUUCCAAAAAUUAGCCCACCCAUUUAACAGAACGAAAAGGGAGCAAGAACCGUGAAAGGUGCCUUCUAUUGCUUGGAUAAGAACUGUAUUUCCGUGAGAAACUAGAAGGCAACUACGUCUCGUGGCCGAUUGUCAGCUCUGGCAAUUGGUGUUGUUGGUCUCUCUACAAUGUUGUUCGGAAGAACGUUCCCCGCAUUUUCCCUAAACUCAGUCAAUAUUGCACUGAAGAUGAUUUCAAACAAUUCACCACG